AUGUUUCCUUGGUCUGCAACAUUUAGUCUGGAACCCCAGAGUCUUAGUCGGCGCUCGCCUGCGGAGAUGGUGGCCCAUACACUCAUGCAGGAGCUGGGUUCUUUGCUGAAGCGCACCGAGCGUUUCUGUCAGGUGAGGGCAGCCCAGAUUCGCAGACGUAACUCCUGCGUGGACUACAGCUGGCUGGCAGCGACCCCGCAGAAGCCGUCAUAUGAGAUCAUGCCUGGAGAGCUACUAGAGCUUCAGGAACUCUGUUUAAAGAUUCCUCCUUCUCAGUGUGGCCCUGUUAUUCUCAGACUAAGGAAACUGGUGAGAGAGUUGGAACCGGAGGUGACAGAGGUGCCGCGGCUCUUCCGCCUGGUGCUGUGUGACUGUCUGGAUGAGCAACACCAAGACUUAACAUUCAGGGACAGAUCUCUGCGGGCUCGAGCCAUCUUCUGGAGCCAGCAUCGUAGUAAGAGCGCCUUCUCUAUCGGCCUGUCCUCACACCAGUGCCUGAAAAAACACUGGAGCAGAGGGGCAGUAGGGCAGAACAGAGAGACGCUGUGUGAGGAGGAUGAAGCCUGGGCCAAGGAUGAGGAACUCGGAAUGGUGGUCCCACUGCGCCGGAGAGUCAGGAGCAUGCCUGAUUUUACUUCCAUAGAAGAGAGUACACAAACCUGAGGAAUUACACUGGAAUUAGAGGGACAACAACGAUGAUGGAGGGAAUAUAUACAGUAUAUAUACAUUAUUUGCUGUUAAAAAUUGAACAAAUUUACAACCAUAUAGGUAGCAAUAACAGAGAAAGUGGGGAAAAAACAAUAGCCAAUAAUUAAUGACGCGAUUUGUCAGUGUAUUUUAUAACAGCUAAAAUACAUGAACGCACUCCAAAUGCUUGUCAUGGAGAAAUGUUAUAAUAAGCUUCAACUGAUACUUUAUAUUGCUCUAUAUUAUCUAAACUUUUAUAAUGGCUGUCCAGCAUAUAGCCCAUAAAACCUUAAAAAUAAAGCUUUCAUUUGCAGCCCUUUGCUGCCUCACAUUUGUGUAUUUUCCAUCUUUGUUUGUUUUGUUAUUUCAUUUCAUGUAUUUUCAUUUAUUUCAUGGCCAGUUCUUCCCUAUCCUAUGACAGCUACCAGUUGAGGAGGAUUACCUCUGAAACAUGUAAAGGCAGCCAA